AUGCCGUUGCCGGAGCCGUAUACUCAUGUCAAAAUGGUGACAGACAAAGAGCUCGAGUUGACACUCGACAAAGUCCCGAUUGAGUAUCCGGCGCUCGUGAAGGAAGCGUUUUUGAACAAUUGGCAUGCUUCAGCUCAUCAGACAGAGGUUACGACGAAUUGCGCAUCUCUCAACGAUAGACAUUGUUGGGUCUUGUCACGGAAUCAGAUGUUCAUCUGGGAACGAGCAAAGACCUCCCACCGUGCGACCAACCCAACUCAACUGCCUCUCCCCACCAGUGGCCUUCCCCGUUCGGCUAAAUGUGUCGUCGUCUACGAUAGCUCACACAUCAGUCAGAAGACGAAACUUCCGAUUCCCGGAGUGCUUAUCAUCUCUCCAGAAGGCGUCCUCCGUCACUGGCCAUCCAUUGAAUCUCAGAAUUAUAUCGAGAAGACGUUGGAUAUCAAUAGUGAAGUGGCGUUGAGAGUGCAGAUCACGGAUCAGCCGGUUGAAGGGAAGUCGGCGUCGUUCCUGCUGACGACUACAUCAGGAACCAUUUAUUUCUUGAGUGGAGAGGGUUCGGAUUCUGGGAAGACGGGAGCUCUGACGUGCACUAAAGUGAUUGGAAGAGACUCGCGUGGAUUCAGAAGACGUCUCUCGUCGAUAAUGUUCGGAGGACAAGAGGACACGUCACUCGUCAUGAACAGUUUCCAGUAUGACACGAAGGCCGCGUUGCUCGUUGUGACGAUAUCAACGGACGCCGUGUCUGUAUACAAUAUGUUGACACCGAAAGAAGUGUGGACACUGAGAGCUGACAAGUUCUUCCAGCCGAAAGUUUGUGGAUUCUUCGAGAGUGAUUUGAAGAGAAUCGCCAAUCUCGUCAAAUGUCAACUGAUCGACGCCGCCGUGUUCCGUGAUGGUCUUCUAGUGUUGGUCGGUGGAACACAUGAAGAUUCCAAUCAAGUUCACAUGUUCACGUGCUGGUUCGGACCGAAUUGGCAGACGGAAGAGCCGAAAGAGAUCCAAUGGUCGGCAAGGAUCACACUCAACGAGUACCGAUCUGUACUCGGGAAGAAUGACCCGUCAGUCUACUCGAGUUUAACUAUUUGUAUUCCUGAGGACACGGCGAAUUCGAAGUCAGCCGACAGGACUGAUGGAAUCAUCUUCCUUCACUCUUUCUUCGCGCUCUCCGUCUACUUGCCAAUUAAUUUGAUGAAUCCACCGAAGAAAUAUCAAUGUAUCUCUCGACACGUUGCUCUUCCCGCCAGCGAUCAGCUCAUCGGAUACGCUGUCGGCAAACAAUACGUCUACACGAUCAUGUUGGAGGGUGGCAUCUCUACAGUACGCCUGUUGCCACGUGGAUUUUCAGACGGCUCAGUUAUGUAUGCUCAACAGCAUCAGAUCGCGGUGCCCUCGUUGGCUGCGGGACCCGAAGACUGGGGAGUUCUCGGUGAUUUGUUGUCGGAAAUGGUGGCGUCCGGAUUGCCGAAAACGCCGGUAUUCCAGUCGUUGCAUAAGGCAUUCGAGCUGUUCUCCGAGAAAGAUAUGGUCAAUUCGGCGAAAGAGCUGAAAGAGAUUCACAAGAUGAACGAUCAAGAGUUGACACGUGUCGUUGCUCAAUUCCUCAACGCGAUUAUCGAUUAUUCGGAUGCGGCGAACAAGACGGACACGGAGUUGCACGCGAAGAGAGUCCUCACGUCAAGAAUGAAUCUAUUUCUGAAGCAUAUGGCAAUAUUCGAUCGGAUGAUGGCGACAGAGUGUCCAGUGAUGAGAGGAGGCGUGUCGGUGCAGCGAGUCGGACCGAUUAUGCUCGGAGAGGUCAGUGAGCGUGUCGCUGCCACCGCCGCAAUCUGGAAAUGGAAGUGUACGAACGAGGCGAACGCGGCGAUAUUCGAUGUGGUCAUCGAGAAAGUUCUCCGUAUUCCAGAAGUCUCGAGUCUCGGACUGAAGGACAAGGAUGCGCUAUUCGGACGGUGCAAUCUGCUCCAUUUGAUUCCGGUCGUCGCCGCUCAACAAUUGGAUAAGAAGAUUCUGACAAAGACGAGAAAUCACCGAUUGGAAAUUUUCCAUUCGGUGUGUGAUCUGCUCAUGGAUAUUCGCGAGGCGAUUAUUAGCUGGAGAAAAACGAGAAUCGCCGUACCGAAGAUCAUUCUCUGGUGGACUGUCGAGACGUUCGUCGAUUCGUAUCGACAGGUUGCCGAGAGAAUCAUUGAGGAAUUGAAGGAGGGACAAGCGUCGGAGAGUGAGAGGACUCGUCUCAUGUUGUAUAUUUUGGGAAUCUACGAUUUCUACCUCCACGAGUCAGAUCUCCGUCCAGACAACGACAAGAUUCUCCAGGAGCUCAUAAAUCUCGGAAAGGUGCCAGACGCAAUGGAACUCGCCGAACGUCACAAAGACUUUGGACUCCUCAUCAAACACUACUUGGCCGUCGACAACCGUACCCGACAGAAGACGUUCGAACGAUUCAAGAACGCGUAUCGAAACGAUGACUUUGAGAUGUAUCUGUGUGAUUAUUUGAAGAGAAACGGACGGAACGAUGUGCUGUUGCAACAGGGCGGAGAACGAGUUGACGCCUAUUUGGACAACUUCAAAGAGCUCAGAUAUUCCAGAGAGAUUGCUAAUAAGCAAUUCGGAAAGGCUGCUCACACUCUGAUGAGUCUCGCCGACACGGAGACGAAGAGCUUCGAGAAAUUCGCGGAUUUCCUCACCCGCGCCUAUUAUUGUGCGUGUAGUUGUAGGGAUGGGACGGAUGUCUCGGAAGUCGUAGACUUCUACAAACGCCGUUACCCCGAGAUGAAGCAUCGAAUGAGAAUUCCACUGGAAAUUCUGAAAACUGGAUAUGGAGACGAUCUGGAUGUAAUGAUGUCAGUGGAAGAGAUGCUCGAGUGGAAUAUGGCUCACCAGCCGAAUGACGAGGCGACAGUCCAAGGAUUCGCUCGGGCGUUCCAUCUGCUUGCGGAUCUUCUCGUAUUCCAUUUGGAUUCUGUUGAGUUGAAGGAGAAGAUCGAGAAGACGUGGAAGGCGUUGAUCGAUUAUGAUGAGUGGACGAAGAUUCGGAAUAAGGACGACGUCGAGAAGAAGACAAUGUUCGGAAAGUUCUGCAAGUGGUUGAUCGAGGAGUUCCCGGCGGAUCAAGGAGACUCAUUCCCCGCGUGGGUUCCCCUCUCCCGUAUGAUCAUUCUCCCACAAAAUCUGGAAUUGAUUCUCGAAGAGGCGACGGCGAACACGACAGGAAAUCACUCGUCAUGGAUCAAAGGACACAUCAAAUGGGUUCAAGAGCAGCUUGUCGAGAAGGCAAAGACUCCGAAAUCCUCGUUUUUCCAUCCGGAUACCCAGGAAGUCGGAUCGUUCGGGCAGGCGGCGUUGGAAGGAUUCGGACCGAUUCUGAAGAUGAGACAGAAGAGACUUGGACAAUAA